AGGUAAGGAAGUGAAGAAGUUGGUACUGUCAUUCUUGCCGAUUGGAAUGCUCCAUGCAGUUUUUGAGGUUGAACAGAGCUGUAAUGCCUCCUAGCUGGUUCUGGCUCUUCAGAGAUGGAUGGGAAGACUGAGGGGCAGGCUAUUCAAGUGGCAUCUGUGACAAAACUUCAAUCCAAUCAAGAGAGCAGAGGAUGCUGGCUGGGGGAAGAUCAGACCCGGAUAUGGGAUGUUUUAAAGAUGGAGGAGAGCUCAAUACAGGACUGGGGUGAAGAGGUAGAGGAAGGAGCUGUUUACCAUGUCACCCUCAAAAGAGUCCAGAUUCAACAGGCUGCCAAUAAAGGAGCACGAUGGCUAGGGGUUGAAGGAGAUCAGUUGCCUCCGGGACAUACCAUCAGUCAGUAUGAAACCUGUAAGAUCAGAACUAUAAAAGCUGGCACCUUAGAGAAGCUUGUGGAGAACCUGUUGACAGCGUUUGGGGACAAUGACUUUACCUACAUCAGCAUCUUCCUGUCAACAUACAGAGGCUUUGCCUCCCCUAAAGAGGUGUUGGAACUGCUCCUGGACAGGUACGGAAAUCUGAAGUGCCCAAACUGUGAAGAAGAUGGGAUCCAAAAUUCAUCUGAGUCCAGAAUUGUGCUCCGAAAUGCUAUCGCCUCAAUCCUGAGAGCCUGGCUUGACCAAUGUGCUGAGGAUUUCCGAGAACCACCUGGCUUCCCUUGUUUGCAGAAACUGCUGGAUUAUCUACAACGGACCAUGCCUGGCUCUGACCCCGAGAGACGGGCACAGAACCUCCUUGAGCAGUUUCAGAAGCAGGAACUGGAAACCGAUAAUGGGUUCCAUAGCACCCUCAACUUCAGCCUUGAAGAGGAAGAGGAACUGGAGAGGGGAGGAUCAGGAGAAUUCACUCUUUUCCCGGAAGACCUGGUGGCGGAACAGCUGACUUAUAUGGAUGCACAACUUUUCAAGAAAGUCGUGCCGCACCACUGCUUGGGCUGCAUUUGGUCCCGGAGGGAUAAGAAGGAAAACAAGCACUUGGCUCCCACCAUCCGCGCCACCAUCUCUCAGUUCAAUGCCCUGACCAAGUGUGUGGUCAGCACCAUCCUGGGGGGCAAGGAGCUCAAAACCCAGCAGCGAGCCAAGAUCAUUGAGAAGUGGAUUAACAUUGCCCAUGAAUGCAGGAUCCUGAAGAAUUUCUCUUCCUUGAGAGCCAUCGUUUCAGCAUUACAGUCUAACUCCAUCUACCGGCUGAAAAAGACUUGGGCAGCAGUUCCAAAGGACAGAAUGUUAAUGUUUGAAGAGCUUUCGGAUAUCUUCUCGGACCACAACAACCACCUGACCAGUAGAGAGCUUCUAAUGAAGGAAGGGACCUCAAAGUUUGCCAAUUUGGACAGCAGUGUAAAAGAAAACCAGAAAAGGACUCAAAGGCGACUCCAGCUGCAGAAGGACAUGGGAGUGAUGCAGGGGACCGUGCCCUACCUGGGGACGUUCCUGACUGACCUUACCAUGCUGGACACUGCCCUUCAGGACUACAUCGAGGGAGGGUUGAUAAACUUUGAGAAAAGGAGGCGGGAGUUUGAAGUGAUUGCUCAAAUCAAGCUCUUGCAAUCGGCCUGCAACAGCUAUUGCAUGACUUCAGACCAAAAAUUCAUCCAGUGGUUCCGGAGCCAACGACAAUUAACCGAGGAGGAGAGUUAUGCCCUCUCUUGUGAGAUUGAAGCUGCUGCAGACACCACGGCCACCUCCCCAAAGCCUAGGAAAAGCAUGGUGAAGAGACUCAGCCUACUGUUCCUGGGUUCAGAUCUGAUUGCCAGCAGCACCCCCACCAAAGAGCAGCCCAAAUCCACGCCAACAGGGAGCUCUGGAGAGAGCAUGGACUCGGUCAGCGUGUCGUCCUGCGAGUCCAACCACUCGGAGCCCGAGGAGAGCUGCAGCACUCCCGUGGAUACGCCCGAUGAACCUCAGAAAAAGCUGUCAGAAUCUUCCUCAUCUUGUUCUUCCAUCCAUUCCAUGGACACUACUUCCUCAGGGGUGUCAUCUGUAGUCAACCCCCUCUCCCCAACAACAGCCUUCAGCAACAAUCCCAAAAUCCACAAACGCUCCAUAUCUGCCACAUCCAUUACCUCGACAGUGCUGCCUCCUGUUUACAACCAACAAAAUGAAGACACCUGCAUAAUCCGAAUCAGCGUAGAGGACAACAAUGGAAACAUGUACAAAAGUAUUGUGUUGACAAGCCAAGACAAGACUCCAGCUGUUAUCCAGAGAGCGAUGCUGAAACACAAUCUGGACUCAGAGCCAGUUGAGGAUUAUGAGCUGGUUCAAGUCAUCUCUGAGGAGAAAGAGUUGGUUAUUCCGGACACCGCAAAUGUAUUUUAUGCCAUGAAUAGCCAGGUGAACUUUGACUUCAUCCUUCGAAAAAAGACCCCGAUGGAUGAGCAAGUGAAACUCCGUAGCCGUACCAGCUUAACACUGCCGAGGACGGCUAAGCGAAGCUGCUGGAACAACAGACACAGCAAAAUCACCCUCUGAGGUGUGAAUGGCCUGGGUAUUUGCCCUGAGGCUUUAGGGCAUAGGGCAAAAGUAACAUCAAAAACCAUCCAGUAUUACCGGACCACAGAAGAUGAAUUGGUCAGUGUUCUCCUUGGAACUAGUUGAGACUGGAAUGCAAAAUAUCUAUAUAUAAAUAUGUGCAUUUGUGUAUGUACAUGUAUAUACAUAUAUAUGUAUAUAUAUAUAUAUAUAUAAAGGGACUUUUAUGGGAUAGUCUGGACUAUGGAAAAAAAUUUUGCACAUUAGCCUAGGAAGAUGAGAUUGCUUUUUUAUCGGGGGAAAAGAAGGAACCGAAGAUCCUGACUUAAAACUGCCAAGCAAGCUGACUCAAAUCCCUAGGAACUUAGAUUUUCCUUUGUGCCAGUAUUACCUGUAACAAAACUCUUGUUUAUUUUUCUAAUGGGACACGAAACCUCUCGCGAUAAAUAACGUGCCAUCGGACGUGAUCCCAACGCAGAGGGCGGAGCCCCCAUCGGCCGCAUGAUAAAGCCAUUGUGGAAAAGGUUUGGAAGAGCCGGUGGUCUCCCAUUUCUUGGGGUGGGAGUGGGAUUUUCCAUGAAAGAGCAGCAGCUCCCAAACCCAUUCACUCAACCGAUACAGUUGUCCAGAGGAUGAAGAGAGCUCAAUUGGAUCUUUUCAGCCAUCUGGCUCAUCUCUGCCCUUGUCAGCACCAACCCCUUGCAUCUGGAAUUUUCCCCUUCAGAGAUGAAGAGCUUGUGGCUGGACUAUCGUUUUUGUUUGGUGACAGACCGGGCCAGGAAGAGAAGACCAAUCACUCCUUCAUUUUGACUUUAUUCGUGUUUGAAUGCCACUAUGUUGAUCCCUUCCUGAACGCGGGUAAAAUGGCAGGUAAAAUGGCAACUCCUCCAACCCCUUGGCCCUUUGGAUUGCUGUACCUCUUCAUUCGGGGCAAUUAUUCCUCAGGUGUCGAAUAUCUUUAAUUCAGAAUUAACUUCGGUUCACAUUUUUGAUUCUGUGAAAGAUUCGGGAACAUCGUUCUGACGAUGCUGUCACACACCAGUGCCCAAUUUCCCUUUCCAUAUUUUACUUACUAUUGUAGCAGUGUGGUUCCUAGUCUACAGCCUCUUGUGGGGUUGCUUAUUAACCGAACAAUUUCUUGACAAGGAACGUUCCCUCCAGCCUGGCUGAGAGGCCGGGGAGGGGGGACCGAAAGACUCGACUAUUUUCAGGCCCUUUUAGCUGCUAUUUCCAUCUGUGCAACUCUUAAAGUGACUUUUUUUCAUUUCAUUUCCUACUCUGCCAUCUCACUCCACCAGAGGAUGAGCCGCAGUGGAGUCGUUCGAACGGUUUGAACUAGAAGCCAUACGUGAGACGUUGACUUGUAUGAAGCACUUACAGAACCUAUUUUAUUUUCAAAAUACUAGUCUUCGUUCCAAAAAUCAAGUAUAAAUAAAAAUGAACUGAACUUUGAUUGUAAAGUACAUGUAUGCAUGGAGAUUCCUUUGCCAACCUUGUAAUACUAUCAUCACAACAAGCUGUGCCUAAUUUAUGUUCUGUGAACAGUCUUACAAAUGGGAGAGGCCCAUGGAAAGGUAUGGAUGACUGUGAAAAACUGACAUGAGAGCAGACCAUGAAUGUCUUAUCUUGUCCAGCGAUACUGUAUUUUGCACUAUUUCAAAAUGAACAAUCAUUUUUCUA